UACCGACUCGCAACGGAUCUUCCAAGACGUUCGAUACCCAUUAUUUUUUCUCUCUUUCACUCGACUCACUCACCUUGGGAACAAGAACUACACACGCGACACCAUGAGAUUCCUUGCGCCACGAUCGGACGUUGGCCCGGGGACGCGGAUAUCGCGUCGAUUGCUGUUGCUGUCCGUCACGCUCGGGCUGCAAUCCGCCGUGCCGGUCACCAACGCGUCCGUUCAAUCCAUCGACUUGCGGGCCGAGCAUCUCUUGUUCUGGUCCGGACUCGACUGCGCCGUCGAUGCGGCACUGCACAACAUGGGGCCCUUGUUGGAUGACCUCUUACUCCGCGGCGGUGAUCAACCAACGGAAACGACGAGCGAAACAACGUGUGUUUCGGAACGACCAAUGGGUUCCUCCCCCGUAUACAAUAACCAUACCUUGGAUGACCCGCCGUCGUCGAUGUCCACAACGAUGGAGACUCUGGACGACAACCGCGAGACCAGCGUGGCAACGGUCAAUGCCCCGGAGAACACAACCACGCUUUCGUUGAAAGAACGCGUUCGUAACAUUCCGGUGAGCGACAAAUCCCGCAUGCAGUUUAGCCUCUUUCAACCAGGAGAUGGUAGUAGAGAAGAUCCGGAUGGAAUUCCCACACGGUAUCUCAAAAUGCAAAAGGGUGAUCGGGAGUUGGCAGCCAAGGCCUUGGAGGCUACGCUGGACUGGCGGGACGAGCACGCCAUCGACACCAUUCUCAAGAUUCCUCACCGUAAAUUCGAAAUUUGCAAACAAGUAUUUCCGCAUUAUUUUGUGGGACGUGAUAAAGACGAUCACGUUGUUUUUGUCCAGAGACCGGCCAUGUUGGAUCUGGAAAAAGCCAAGGCCAACGGACUCACCAACGAAGAACUAUUGCUCCACUACGUCUACGUCAACGAAUUUUUGUGGCAAUACCUUGAAGCCGAUUCCCCUCUCGGGACCAUGACCAGUGUCAUUGAUUUGCAAGGUCUGCAUUUAGGGGUUCUGCGACAAUCGGACAUUAUCUCCUUUUUGAAAAAGUUUGUCAUGACCAUGGAUGCGCACUUUCCGCAGAGGUCCCACAAGACGUUAAUUUUGAACGCCCCCAAAUGGUUUCACAUGCUCUACAAACUCAUUUCACCCCUCUUGCGCGAUACCACGAAAGCCAAGAUUGAAAUACACUCGCGCAGCAAAAAGCAAGAUGCCGUCUUGAAGGAUUACUUGGGCGAAGACGCGGCCAAAAAACUACCUCCUUCGUUCUGGAGUAAGAAGCAUACUAAACGACAAUCCAGGCACCGUCGUGGUCACAACGAAGAGCAUAGUCUCGAUGCGGAUGACGAUGGGAGUGGGAGUGCAGUUCCUAGUGAUGAUCCGACCGAAGUGUCGGAAAUGGAAGAAGCCUUACGGUCUUUUACGCUUGCUCGCAUUCAAGAAAAUGGCCAGGAAUUGGCGGCGAUCGUAUAGAAACAAUUGGUCACGUCUUUUUCGAACGCAGACGUGGGCUCCUCGGGGGACCAUUUCGGGUUGGGGAGAUCCAUUGUGCCCGUCCUCCCUCUUCAUAUUGCUACUAACGGCACACUUUAUAGCGGCGCAUUUUUGUGCAAAUGCUUGAGUGUCGAGCAUCCGCUUCCGCAAGGUAGAAAGUCAAAAUUUUAUGGACGACCGCUUCUACGACCAUAGCUACAGUCCCUGUGGGUGCUAUAAUGCGUAGUUGUUGCACAAAUUUUAUUGG